CCGUCUCAGAGUUAGAUAAGGUCGUAAAAAGGCCCAUUUUAGAUUUAGAUAAGGCAAAACAUAUCCAAGCGCUCCCACCACCACCACCACCCAUCUAAUUUCAAAAACAAUCCUUUGCCGAUUCAAUCUCAAAUUCCCAGAAAAAAUGAACACAAUCAGAAUCGAGGUGCUGCACUUGAAUCCCACAAAUCUGAGAAACCGUAGCCCAACUAAACCCAGAUUCAAUCUCAUAAACCCCUCUUCAAUAUCCUGCAUUAAUUUUGCGAGCAGAAGGCGCGGUGACAUCAGCCUAAAAGUAUCAGCAUGUGAGGAAGGCGAGAUACAUUCAAGCGGGGGCGGCGCGAAAGAGAAUUCUAGAAUGGUGAUGUUAGCGGCCGUAUCUGUGGGAGUGGCGCUGUUUGUGAUGGGGUUUGACGAUGAGAGGGCGUUGGCGUUGGGGCCGGAGGGGCCGUUGAUGGAGGAGUUUUGGGACAACAUGAGGAGAUAUGCACUGUAUGCUUUGACGGUGAGCACCGGCGCUCUUUGGGUGCUUUUGGAGCCCAUCGUCGAGUUGUUGAAGAACCCCAUCUCCGCGCUUCUCCUUGUCAUCAUUUUUGGAGGUGGCUUUUACAUUCUGUCGCAAGUUGUAACGGCUAUGAUUGGCUUGUCUGAUUUUUCCUACGAUUAUAGCAACUAGCAACACCUACACACUUUUUUUUAUAAUUCUCUUUGCUCAUCUUUGUGUUUUUAAUAUCUUUCCCAUUUCGCUCCUCAAUAUUAUCAAUACGUUUUCUGUAAUGAUUUUAGCAAUAAUUGCAUAUCAAUUUUCUUUU